GCGACUAACAAACUGAGUGGAAACAAGCGUGAGCGAGCGCAGAUUCCGGCAGUUUGUUCAUAACUGGGUGAACAUCCUGAAUAUCGUCAGCAUUAACAUCUUUCCUUUGAUCCAUCAUGGCUUCGUCCAUGCCGCAGAAGCGUUACUACAGACAGCGAGCCCAUUCAAACCCGAUGGCGCACCACACCUUUGAUUACCCUGUGUGUCCUGAUAAAAUGGACUGGUCCAAGCUGUAUCCAGACUUAUUCACUGGCAGCCUGAGUGAGACAGAGCCCCCUCGAGUCGAGUUUGCUGACAUUGGAUGUGGAUAUGGGGGGCUUUUAGUGGAGUUAUCUCCACUCUUCCCAGAUAAGCUCAUCCUGGGUAUGGAGAUCCGGGUGAAAGUGUCAGAUUAUGUUCAGGAUCGUAUCCAGUCGCUGCGUGCCUCAAAUCCAGCGAGCUACCAGAACAUCGCCUGCAUUCGUAGCAAUGCCAUGAAGUACCUCCCCAACUUCUUUUGUAAAGGACAGCUCACUAAGAUGUUCUUCCUCUUCCCUGACCCUCACUUUAAGAAGACCAAGCACAAAUGGAGGAUCAUUAGUCCCACUCUGUUGGCAGAAUACGCCUACACGCUCAGAGUAGGGGGUUUGGUAUAUACCAUCACAGAUGUGGAGGAAGUCCACCUCUGGAUGGUGAAGCACUUCAGUGAACAUCCACUGUUCACGCGGGUCGUCGAUGAAGAACUGGCUGAUGAUGUCAUCAUAAGUCGUCUGGGUACCUGCACAGAGGAAGGAAAGAAAGUGCAGAGAAAUGGAGGAAAGAAUUUUCUUGCAGUUUUCCGGAGGAUUGAGGAUCCACAUGAGAUUUCCUGAAAUAAAGGCCUUAUGCAGUCAUCUGUGCGUGGGUUCAGCUGCUCUGCUGAUGGAUUUUUCACCAACCAGAUGAAUGCUGAUUUUUUUUUCUUUUAUUAAUGGACCCUUUUAAUAUUAGCAGAUUUUUAAAAAACAAUUUUUGGGGGGGCUUUUUCACAUAAUUUAUGUUGUUGUUUUUUUUAUUUUCUCAGACUGUAAAAGAGACGUAGCACAUGAUAGGAUCUGACGUGUUUGGUUACACUUUCUAAUUUUUUGCCUCUCUUGUUCUUUAGUUUCUCUCGCCAAAUGUCAGCGUGCUGGUUUUGGAUGUCAUGUAAAGAUGUACAGUAUUUCAAUUAAAAAAAACUACUAACAAAAUUUUAAAUGCA